AUGUCCGCAAAAGCUGCGCUGAAGUCGAUUAUUACGGCCAUCAAAGCAGAAAAAUAUGAUGAUGCUAUCAAAGAUGCCGAAAAGUUGCUGGCCUCAGAUGCCAAGAAUUAUCAAGCUAACCUUCUUCUCGGGUUUGCGUUGAAUAAACAAGGCGACUAUGUACAGGCCGAGAAGGCAUACGAUGCGGCAACCAAGCUCAAGAGGGACGACCCCAAUCCGUGGCAAGGCUUAAUACAACUAUACGAGAGACAAGGCAGUCCGGCGGUAGGGAAAUAUCAGAUUGCGGCAUUGCAGCUGGCAGAGUUAUACCAGAAAACGGAAGAGAAACAUAAAUGUCAGGAUGUGGUGGAUAAAUUCCUUGGUUUCGCAAAGAGCCAGGGAACGCGACUUCAGCAUAAGAAAGCCCAAGAGAUAAUUCUGCCUGGAUCUCCGAUAUACGACUUUCUCGAAGGCAGAGUGCCGCGCCCUGGUUAUACAUAUCAGAUCAUGGCUCAGAUCACCGAGUUUGAUGAGAAAGAACGAAUCAAUAAAGAGAUUGGUGAGAGGCGAACCAGACUCGGUGCCAAAAUUGGCCAGGUAACAGCAGAAGUCAAGAGGGAAGUGCUCAAAGAUAGUGACUUGGAGGAUCUCUAUGAGCAGGUCAUUGACUGGGUCACUGAUGAUGAUCUUCGCCGACAAUACGAGGAAAAGCUCAUUGAGAGAUGCGUCGAAGCUCUAGAAGUUCUCCCGCCGGGAGAAGAGAAGAAUUCAAAACGAUCCAAGGCGCAGAAACUAGCCAGAGACAUGGUGAUCAUCAAACAUCCCUUCAAAUUAGCAUGGGAUAUUGCCUUAGAAUGGCAGGACACAGAAAAUAUCUCAGAUUUAGACCCAAAUGUGCUCCGUGAGUACUAUGAAUUCUUCCCUGCCAGCGGUCUGGGACAAGUUUUGAGGGCUUACAUGGGGUGUGAAAUAUCAUCCUUUCCAGCUCCCGCCCCGCGGACGACACCUGCUCCUCAAGAAACCACAGCAUCUGAUGAGAGUGAGGAUGACGACGACCAAGGAGGAGGGGUAUCAUUAGAUGAGCAGAUGCUUGCGGAGGAUAGGCUGAUUCUCAUGAGCGAGGGUAUCUCGGAGGCUGGAAAAUCAAUCUUGGCGCACAGACUAAUGGGUGAAUACUAUCAGUUCCUCGAAGAACAUGAAAGUGUUGUUGAGCUGAUGCGAAAUGCUCAACAUCUCGUGAAGACUGAAGGUGAGAAAACUGGUCUAUCAUUUGCUCAUUCUCUGCGGGCCAUUACAACACUCCUUGCUACUGGCCUUGUCUUCUAUCAAUCGCCAAAGAACCACCCUGCAGCUAAAUCUUUGUUCGACAAGCUUCUUGAGCAGAACCCGACUUUGACACCGGCGUUAAUCGGAAUUGGAUUGAUAUAUGAAGAAGAGGAGGAUUAUGCAGCGGCUGUUGACUUCCUCGGACGUGCACUUAAGAAAGAUCCUGAUAACGUUCGGAUCAGAGCCGAGGCCGCGUGGGUGAAGGCUCUCAGCGGUGACUACGUUGCCGGAAAAAGUGAUCUGGAGAGAUGUGUUCCGAAGAUCGAUGGAAAAGAUACGCGGUCAAAAGACCUCCUUGCCCAAUGCCAAUAUCGAUUGGGUGUUUGCAUAUGGAAUAUUGACUCUUCAAAGUCAGCGAGAAAAGACCGAAAUGGAGCCUACGCUUACUUUUUGGCUGCAUUAAAGAGCAAUCUCAAUUUCGCUCCGGCUUACACUAGCCUCGGAAUCUUUUAUGCGGAUUAUACAAACGAUAAGAAGAGGUCUAGGAAGUGUUUUCAAAAGGCGUUUGAACUUUCACCAUCCGAAGUCGAGGCAGCUGAGCGAUUAGCUCGCAUAUUCGCUGAGCAGAGCGACUGGGACCUCGUAGAAGUGGUAGCUCAGAGGGUGGUGGAAUCCGGAAAAGUUAGGCCGGCACCAGGAUCGAAGAAGAAAGGUAUCAGCUGGCCAUUUGCAGCUUUAGGUGUUGCGGAACUUAACAAACAAGACUAUUCGAAGAGUAUAGUGUCAUUCCAGUCCGCUCUUAGAAUAUCCCCAGACGAUUAUAACUCUUGGGUCGGUUUGGGAGAGAGUUACCACAAUUCCGGGCGAUACAUUGCGGCUACCAAAGCAUUUCAACAUGCCGAAAGGUUUGAAGAAGAAAUAACGAGGCAGAAAUCAGGAGAAACUUGGUUCGCAAAGCAUAUGCUCGCUAAUGUCAAGAGGGAACUUGGCGAAUACGAUGAAGCCAUCGAGGGAUACCAGAGUGUACUAGAAGAGCAUCCUACCGAAUUUGGGGUUUCCAUCGCCUUAAUCCAAGCCCUUGUCGAAAGCGCAUGGGAUGGUAUUGAAAAAGGUCUCUUCGGUUAUGCUGCAAAUCGCGCCUCGGAGACUAUCGACGCAGCUAUCAACCUUACGAAUACUGGCGCUGCCGACGCUUUCAAUCUGUGGAAAGCAGUUGGAGAUGCCUGCUCAAUAUUUUCUUGGGUCCAGGAUCGACUUCCUGAAUUUCCGUCAUCAAACGUUAAGUACCUCUUGAGACUUGAACCCGAACGGGAAGCCUACAAGUUAUUUGCAGAUGUUGACGGUGUGGACACCGAUGUAGUUCUUGCUGAUGGUAUCUUCGCCAAGGGUCACCAAAAAGGUGUUAAUCUUACUAGAUGCCUUCAUGGAGCUAUAUUGUCCCAUAAAAUAGCCGUCCAUUCCUCGGCACAAGAUAUCCAUGCCCAGGCUGUCGCCUAUUACAACCUGGGUUGGGCAGAACAUCGAGCCCACGUUUGUCUAGGCGAAAGUCUCAAGAAAAAGUCCAGCAAAUACCUCAAAGCUGCAGUCCGUUGUUUCAAGCGAGCCAUUGAGUUGGAAGCAGGAAACUCAGAAUUCUGGAAUGCACUUGGAGUUGUGACCAGCGUAUUGAACCCCAAAGUCGCUCAGCACUCUUUCGUACGAAGUUUAUUUUUAAACGAGCGCAGUCCUCACACGUGGACGAACCUGGGCACGCUGUAUCUUUUGCAAAACGAUAUGGGUCUUGCAAAUGAAGCUUUUACUCGAGCUCAGUCAAGUGAUCCUGAAUUUGCUCACGCCUGGGUUGGACAAGGUCUCUUGGCACUUUUGAUGACUGGUGAUGUCCGAGAGGCGAAUCUGCUAUUCACCCACGCCAUUGAAAUCUCGGAGUCAUCUUCCUUGAUCACAAAGCGACAGUAUUCGCAGUCAACAUUCGACCAGAUACUUGCUACAUCUUCUAUUGCAAGUGUUACAGACCUUGUUCAGCCUCUGUUCGCCUUAAAUCAGUUGCAGGCGAUGAUGCCUACUGAUUUGGCACAUUCUCAUCUAUCUACCCUCUUUUCUGAGCGAAUCAAUGACGUCGCAUCCACCGUCGAGAAUCUAUCAAAAAUCUGCUCUAUUGUCGAGGCGGAUUAUGAAGUCACUGAAUCACCUUCAUCACUUUCUAGAUUUGCCCUAGCAAAAGCAGACCUGGCGCGUUCACAACUCGCAGCAGGCGCAUACGCAGCCGCGAUUGAUAGUGGUGAAACCUCUCUCGAGUUAAGUGCCGAUGAUGCGGGUAACGAACUCACCGCUGAAGACCGCAAGAAGUGCAGAUUAUCAGCCCACUUGACUGUCGGGUUAGCACAUUACUACAACAAAUCUCAUGCUAAAGCUCUGGAACUUUUCAAACCUGCACUGGAAGAAUCCAACGGGAAUCCAGAUGCCGUAUGCCUUCUUGCACAGGUAUUAUGGGCAAAUGGAGACGAGCCUUCGAAAACGCAAGCUCGCGAUCUUCUCUUCGACUGCGUUGAAAGCCAUCCAAAUCAUGUACAAUCAGUCAUAUUACUAGGAGUCAUCGCCCUGCUUGAUCAAGACGAUGAAUCUCUUGAAGCAGUCUCCUCAACCCUCCAAGAGCUACGUGCAACUCAUUCCAUCACCGACUUAGAGAUAUCACAAGUCAGCGAAAUUCUACGCGCCACUGCCGCCUUGUCAUCCAAUGAUGACGCCGACCAAGCUGUCCUCGCGGAAAUCCAAACAGAUAUCCUCCUUCACCCAAACCAGCCCUAUGGCUGGAGUCGUCUCGCCGAACUCGCGGAGUCGGAUAAUGAAGUUGCUGAGACGGCAUUGGUCACAGCUGUCAAAGCGGUUCCUCCCCGUGGUCAACUUGAAGGCGCGGAUCUUGCGAGUGUGUUUGCCGGGACGGGGAAAGUUGGAGACGCACAGAAGGCAGUUAUGUUUGCGCCGUGGAGGAGAGAUGGGUGGGAUGUUCUUGGUGGGGUUUUGGAGGGGAAAUGA